CCAAGUUGUCCCUUAUUGCUGGCAAAGUAACGUACAGUAUUUCUUGCUACAUGUUCUACAACAUGUUUCUCUGUGUGUAGGUUUCCUCCAGUAAUGAGCUGAUGCAAGUUUUCUCCGUCCAGAUGAGGGAGCCACUGUCACCCACAGAGGGCUCCUGUAUCAGUCAGACAGAUUCUCCACAGCCACUGCCACAGCCUCAGCCAAUGCUCUCCAGCUCUCAGAUCAUGUCCAUGUUCCCCACACAGCCACUAGUGGGCUCUCCAUACUCCUCUCCCCCUUACUCUCCCUCUGCCAUGCCCUGGGGUCACGCCCUGGGAAACCACUGGGCAGCUCCACCCAUGGCUCCGUGGCCAAACAUGGCAGGUGUCCAAGCGCCAGCUGCAGGCAGUCAUGGUAUGAUGACCUCUCCGCCGUGUGGGGUCAUGUGGGCAGGAAAUACACCUGCUUCGCCCACUCCUGUCAGUGGGUUCCCCAACACUGUGAACUCCAGCGGAGCUCAGCAGUCGGCAGCUCCCAGUGUGGACAAUAACCUCCUCCUGUGAUGAACGCACCCUGAUAUUCAGUCAUGACUCUAACCAACAUCAGAUAACAGUAUUUCAACCAGGAGAGACGAGGAAAUGAAAAAUAAAUGUAUUACAGAUUAAACAGAAUCAUGUGCUCAUAGUCUUUUAAAGUCUAUUUGGCACAGGGGAAACAUGGGGAGGGAAAUAAAGCUGAAGGCAACAAUGAAAAUCACUUAAAAGUCCAGACACUGGUGGUGAAGGUGGUUGUUGACUGGAUGAAACUAAGUUCAGAAAGAGACAAAAGAUUUAAAAAUACUACAACAAGGCAUCUUUCAAAGUUUAAAAAGUUUAUCCUGUUUCUCAUUCAAUGAACUGAAAUUGAAAACUAUAAGUGGAUACUGUUUUUUUAUUUAGUUUAAAUCUGAUACAUGAACAUUAAUUAGCUAUACUUGGUCUUCACAUGUUACUAAUAAAAUUUCUGUUUCAAUUUAAUUGCAAUCUUCUGUUGCUCAAAAAAACAAAACAAAAAUCACAUUUGCUCCUGGGGAUUUUGUUUUCAUAUCGUGAUCGAGGAUCUCAAUUUGAUUAAAACUUGACUUGUAUGGACAUAAUUUAAAAAAUACAGAAUGCACAUUUCACUUCAACACACUUUU